UUGAAUUGAGAGGGCGAUUUCCAGUCCCCCCCACUCGUUUGACGCCGCCCUCGUCACCUGCGUAUCGUCGUUGUAGCGUGCUGAGUAGCUCGUCAGCCCUGCCGUCCUUUCCUUGAGAGAAGCCUCACGCAAGGAAGAUCGAGAAAUCGAGAGCUUUUAAUGAUGCAAUCCGUGGUGUUAAAUCCUUCUCCUUUUCUGCCGAUCUCAGCAGCCCCGGAACCUCCUCCCUCCUUCUAUCCCUCUUCUCUUCCCUCCGCCUUCUUUCCGCUCCGACCUGUCUCCUCCAAGGAUUCGGGCUUCAGGGGAAGGAGGAGUAGGGUCGGGACUUCUUCACGUUCCGCUCUUCGGAGGGUUCCCAGAUCCCGAACGCGGUGGCACGUGGUCAAAGCUAUCGCUACUCCUAAUCCAGUAGUGGAAUUGCCACUAACUGCAGAAAAUGUCGAAUCAAUUUUAGAUGAAGUGCGACCAUAUCUUAUUGCAGAUGGAGGAAAUGUCGCACUACAUGAGAUUGAUGGAAAUGUUGUAAGAUUGAAAUUACAAGGAGCAUGUGGAUCAUGUCCAAGUUCUGUUAUGACAAUGAAGAUGGGCAUUGAGCGCCGCUUGAUGGAGAAAAUUCCAGAAAUAGUUGCAGUUGAAUCCAUUAAUGAUGAGGAAGCAGGGCUUGAGCUGAAUGCCGAAAACAUCGAGAAGGUACUUGAUGAGAUCCGGCCAUACCUCAGUGGAACUGGUGGUGGUGAACUUGAGCUUGUCAGCAUUGAAGAGCCAAUUGUGAAAAUUCGACUUUCGGGCCCAGCUGCUGGGGUUAUGACUGUUCGAGUGGCACUAACACAGAAGCUUCGAGAAAAGAUUCCUGCCAUAGCAGCAGUUCAACUGCUGUGAUGCCAUAGAAAGGAUCCCUGCAAAUGCAUCAGUUUCAGCUCUUAUAAUACCCAAGAAAAGAUCCUUGUUGUUGCAGCAGACAGCUCUUAAAAUACCUGGCGGCAAAGAACACUUUGUUAUGCCUUUUCUCAUAGCCUCGUGUUAAACUUUUGUACAGACAAUAAUUCUGCCAAAUGCAAAAAUUUUAUAGUAGUUUACUAUUUCAAAUGCUUAGUGGAAGGCAUGUAUUAUCUGCAAUUCAUUUGGAAAUAAAAUGGUACCAUUUUUAAAUA